AUGGGCCAGAAAGUUGGCAAGGCCAGCUUCGGGGAUGUAGUCAAGCCUUUCGUGAACCUUCCUGAUGAGUCCAUCCGAGCGCUAUGGCAGGAGUUCAACUUGUGCGCCACUGGCUGGGGGGUGAGCCCCAAGUUCUUCAACCAGCUGUGCCAGGCUAUGGCUAAGUCGAUAGGCACUGAAGCGAACGAGGUCGCCAACAAAGAGUUUUUCGCUGCUCUCGAUACAGACAAGAACAACCUCGUCGAUGGCCUGGAGCUCAUGUCCACGCUUGGGAUGCUCUCGGGGAUGCCGCGCGAAGACAAGGUGGAGUUCGUGUUCUCGUGCUACGACGUGGGCGGGAGAUCCACCCUCAGCAUGAACGAACUUUUCCUGCUGCUGAAAAGUACCUCGGCCGGGCUCUGCAAGCUGUCCGGCAUCGACGCCCCCGACUCCGCGCGUUUGGAAUCCAUUGCAAGCCUUGUGUUUAUGCACAACAAGACCGGCGUGGAAGGAGGCUUGUCCCUUGACACCUUGUCCAGCUACUGCGACGCCAACCCUGUGGCUUCCAGCUGGCUUGCCUUCUAUGAUGACUGCGAGGGGCAGAAGUGCGACGCCAACGCCAACGGAGGCGACCCGUCGACCGUUCUCGAGACCGCCGCGCCGGACAUCCACGAAGAGGAGGCGGUCUUUGCGCCGCGCUCGCGGGCCCAGGAGAACGCCAACGCGGGCACUGUCACCGAGCGCGCCGAGGGCGGGCCGCCGCCUCCACCCAAGGGAGCGUGGGUCGAGGCCGCCAAGGAGCUUGUCCCCCCCCCACCCCCCCCUGAGGAGGGGGAAAACCCCGACGAGGACGCCGAAGCGGAUGACGGCGAAGACGGCGACGGCGCCGCCGCCGCCGCCGGAAAAGACGGCCCGCCUCCGCCGCCCCCGCCGCCACCGCCGGCGCCCCCGGCCCCAGACACGCAGCUGUCCCUGGAGUGGGUGUACGGGUACUCCGCGGCUUACUCUCGGGCUUCGGCGUGUUACUUUUCGGUGACGAACAGCAGCGAUGCAUCAGGUGGUGGUGGCGGCGGCGUGGGCGUGGUGUAUCCUGCCGGGAAAGUGGCCGUGGUGCUAGCCCAACCGCUCGACGAGGAAGGAGCGGAGGUGGAAGGUGACAGGGCCCAAACCUUCAUGCAGGAACACACGGACGAGAUCACGGCCCUGGCGGUGAGCCCUUGCGGCAAGUGGGUCGCCACCGGAGAAGCGGGUGCCCAACCCAAGGUGUUUGUCUGGAACGCCACAACGAAGCAGAUCAGGAUGACGGCCGCAGGUUUUCACACGGUAGGCGUUGCCGGUCUGGCGUGGUCACCCUGCGGGAGCCUGCUGGCCUCCACCGGGGCUGACGAGCACCACUGCCUGCAAAUCGUCGAAGCUUCGACAGCACGGCCUGUCUUCGGGACCCGGACUGGCUUGAGCCGACCGCUCGGCAUGGCGUGGACCGCAGACGGCAGCUCUCUCGUAACGUGCGGCCAGACACACAAGGACAGCCCUCCCCUGGUGUUCUGGGUGAAGGAGGCGUCGACGGGUUCCUUCGCCAAGAAAAGAGGCAUCGCUCGAGACGGAAACCUUGCCCCGUCCUCUGACGUCCAGCUGGUCGUUUGCGCCGCCCCGGGUCCACGGGGAACCGCCAACGCCAAUCUACCUCCUUGCAUGAUCUCCGGCACCGCCAACGGUGGCCUGUGCUUGUGGAGGGGGCGUAACUGCUCCAAGGCCGUCAAGGACGCGCACUCCGCGGCGUUGGAGGUUCUGUCGGUCGGGACCAUCGCUGGCGGCGCAGUGGUCGCUUCGGGUGGACGCGAUGCGAAAGUAAAGUUAUGGUCCAUCGUUGACCUGGCGCCCCUGGCUACGCUCGAUGUCAUGGCGACGCCGUCGGUGGCCGGCCUUCGACAAGUGCGGUCGAUCUGCCUUUCCUCGGACGGCACCAAGGUUCUCGUGGGCACCCUCGGAAGCGACAUCCUCGAGCUCGCCACGGUCGAGAAACCGAGCGGGGGCGAUGAUGGCGAGGAAGAAGAGGAGCCGCCGGCCGAUGCGGAAGACGGAGGAGAAGGUGCUGUGCCAAAGGCGAAGCCCUCCGGAAUCGGUCGAGUUCUCAACGGGGGGCAGCCUCUCGCGUGCGGGCACUGUAAGGGGGAUACGGCCGGGACCGGGGGAGAGCUGAAGGGCGUCGAUGUCUCUCCGCAAGGGGACCAAUUCGUGACGGUGGGAGACGACGGAACGGUGCGCGUUUGGUCGAAUGUCGACAAAAAAGUCAUCAAGACUUUCAAUAUCGGGUCCCCGGCGCUGUCGGUAUCGUACUCUCCGGAUGCAUCUCUCAUCGCGGUUGGCUUGGGCGGGGGCGGCGUGACGGUGGUGAAGCCAUCCGAGGAAGACGUGACGAUUCUUCAGCUUGAAAAGCAACUCGACGCGUUCCAAGGGGCCGGGGCCGGGAGCGGAGGCGCCACUUGCGUCCGCUUUUCCCCCAGCGGCACCACGCUGUCGGCGGGUGGCGGGAACGGUAGCGUCAAGGCGUGGGGCACGGCGGAGAGUGACUGGGAGGCCACGGGGUCCGCGGAGAACGUGGUGUCGGAAUCGGUCGUGGGCAUGGACUUCACCGCGGACGGGCGAUUCUUGAUGCUCAACUCUAGCGGAAUGGAAAUGAUAGUGAUCAACGCCGAAACGUGCAAGAAAGCUUCGCCCAAGGACAUGAAAGCCCUCCGGGGCGAGGGCGAGGGCGGGGAGGUGGCCACCUGGGCGACGUCCACAUGCACCAUGACGGACGGGAAACAGGCUGCCUGGGCGACCUUGCUAUCGUCGGCGGAGAACGAUGGCAACGGCGACGACGACACCAACAACGGAGACACCGCAACAACGGGGUCACCCUCGCCACCUCCACCGGCCGCCACGCUGACCGGUUCCGACCUGGUUCGGGGAGGCGAUGCGCCUGUCCUGCUUGCGUCCGACAGUCUCGGUCGUGUAGGGUUCCUUCGCUACCCGGCUAAACUUCCGCCCGAGAUGGCGCCCCCUAGCGAUGCCGACGCUGCGGGUGCCGCUGCGCCCUCGGCGGAAGAGAGUGCUGGUGGAGAGGAAAAGGUCGCUGAUCCUGAUGCUCCACCGCCACCAAGCCCGGAGGAAGUGGAAGCAGCGGCGGCGGCGGCGGCUGCCGUCAUGGCCGAGGCCGUCGAGGCUGCUGUACCUCAUGUUUCCACGUUGAAGGCCCACGCGGGCAAGGUAGCGGCGGCGAGGCAGAUCGGGGACGGCGGCGGAGUCCUCACGCUAGGAGCUACUGACAGGUGCGUGUACCAGUGGGCGGUGGCUCUCGAAGAAGGGGAGGAAAGCGGCGAAGAGCUCCCGGACCCCCCCGCCUGCAACGCCCCGGUCCCGAAGAAAGCCUCUGGCGGAGAGGACGAUGAAGAGGAGGAAGCCGACGGCGGCGACGAAGACGAGGAAGGCGAGCACGUUGCCGCUGCCGCCUGGUCAGGAGACGACGAAGACUUGGUCGGAAACGCCCCGAAAGAGCCUGGAUCUAGGUUCGCGACCGGCAGCCAGGACAUAUCGGCUUUCCUUACGCAACAGGCAAGCGCGGAGUCCGAAUCGUUGCCCUCCAUGUUACCGUCUUGGCUGCGAGGAGCGGCUAGUUCCCAGCCGGCGCCGUGCAUUCCCGACGAUGACCUGGAGCUGGAGUGGAUCCAUGGAUACUCGGCGCAGGGGUCGAGGCAAAACCUCGUGUAUAACUGCAACGGCGAAAUCGUCUACCCCGCGGCGUGCGCCGGAGUGGUCAUGACCAAGCGCACCAAGCCGCUUUCGCACAGGCAGACCUACAACCUCGACCACACCCAGGCCAUCACCUGCUUGGCGAUGCACCCCGACAAAGCCCACGUGGCGACGGGACAGGAGGGCUCCUGCCCAAUUGUCUUGGUGUGGGACUCCGCGAGUAGACCUUUGAAGACCAAAGCGCGCUUGCAGUUGGGCGACGACAAGAAAGGGGUAUCGCAGGUGUGCUUCAGCUCCGAUGGGAAGCUGCUGGCUGUAGCGUGCGAGGACAAGGGCCACACGGUCAUGGUGUUCCGUUGGGAGUCCGGCCUUCUCCGGUGCCAGGCUAGGUUGGGGGUGAAGAAGGCGUUGUCGAUGUGCUUCAGUUUCAACUCCGACGAGCUGCUGGCCGUUGGCCACAAGCACUUUAAAGUCUGGACGCUUUCUGGAGGCGGGCUCAUGCAGGGGAAGCGAGGUCUGUUUGGCUCAGGCUCGAAGGUGCAAGCCCUUACGUGUGCCGUGGCGAUAUCAAACGGGGAGGGAGGGGGCUCCUCCUUCAUCCUGGGCGGCUCCAGCGGCAGCCUGCUCAAGCUCGAUGGAGGCCGCAAGGUUUCCUCGGAGAUCGAGGGCCAUGAGGGACCGGUGUACGCGCUCUAUGCCUACCCCGCGCCGGACGGCUCAGGAACAUGCCUGGUAACGGGAGGCGGUGACGGAAAGAUCAAGACUUGGGACGCUGAGCUCGGUAUGGUGAACGAGUUUGAUCUAGUGGGGAGGCCGUAUCUAUCGGGCGGGACCCCCUGCGUCCGGUCAGUGUGCCUGAACGACCACUCGGACGGCAGGAAGAUCCUCGUCGGAACAUCUUGCAGUGAGAUUUUCGAGAUUUCCGCGAGCGAGGGGACGGACGUCAACGACGGAGACUGCCUGAUGCGGGGCCACUUCCGGGACCAGCUAUGGGGUCUUGCGUCGCACCCAGCAAAGCCGGUGUACGUUAGCUCGGGCGAUGAAGGCAUGCUGAAGGAGUGGAACGCGACUACCCUGGCUCUCAACAGGGAGAUCGAUCUCGAAGGCUGGAUCCGCGCCGUACGAUACUCGCCCAACGGCUUGCUCAUCGCCUGCGGUAUGGGUGGGGAAACGGAGGCAAACGGCAAGCGUCACUCGCCGAGGGAAGAAGACGGAACGAUCAAGAUAGUCUCUGGCAUGGAAGAAGCCUUCCGCGUCGUGAACACCCUCUCGGACGCCCUGGGGCCCAUCACCUGCAUCCGCUUUAGCCCGGACGGCAACCGAAUGGCGGGUGCGUCUCUCGACGGCAAUAUCUACAUCUACUCGGUGCUGGAGAACUUCAAGCUCGAGUGCAUCGGCGAAGGGGGUCAGGGUGGUAUACUGAGGAUAGACUUCUCCAAGGACGGCAAUUGGAUACGGGCCGAGGCGCGGAGCAAGGCCGAGGGCGCGACAGCAUCGCCUCUUGCCAUCAUCCUCCUUUCAGCGUCUUCAGGGGAAAUCUGCGAAGAUCAGGCGGUCGUGGAUCCUGUGGUCGGGUUUUCCACGUGGUCUGGGUUGUGUAGCGACCACGUGAGCGGUGUGUGGCCGGCCGAUACAACCAGUCCCCUAGAUGUGAUGUCUUGCUGCCGCUCGCUCGAGGGAAAUCUCUUAGCGACGUCCGAUGCUCGCGGCGAUGUCAAGCUCUUCAGGUACCCCGCCACAGGCGCUGGCGCCUCCUUCAAGGCGUUCAAGGUUCAUGCCCCAGGAGUGCGCUCUGUGUGUUUCCUCGACAAGGGCAUCCGCAGCCAGCAGGUCAUCUCGGUCGGGGGGAAAGAUCGCUGCGUCGCCCAGUGGAAAGUUGUUCACCCAGACGAAGCUGCCGGCGGCAAUAUGGAGGAUGCCUCCAGUGCGGGAGCUGCGGAAAAGGACCCGUGGGUGCAACAGGAGCUGCUCGCGCUGGCCAAUCAACGGGAGUCAGCGGCGCGAUCACUAUCAGCACCAACAGCAGCACGUCCUUGGGAAUCCGGAGCGGGUCUGGCGGCGGCAGCGCCGACCUCUGAACGGUCCCCCCCCGCUGGGAUAGCAUCGUUAGAUCUGGAGUUCGCCCACGGGUACAACUCAUCGGGGAUGGCUAGGGACAACCUGGGUUUCUCCAACUCAGAUAGGGUAAUCCUGCCGUGCGCUUCGGUCGGAGUGGUGUACGACAAGGCCUCCCACUCGCAGGUGCUGUUGGCCGGUCACUGCGGCCGUGUUUCCAGCUUGGCUGUGUCACCGUGCGGCCGUUUCGUAGCGACGGGGCAGGAAGGGAAGAACGCCUCCGCCAUGAUCUGGGACCCCGCCACCGGACACCGAACUUGCGUCCUUCCCGCCUCGCUCUUCGGGGCCGUGCGGCGGCUGUCCUUCUCGCCCGACGGCUCGAUGCUGUGCGGCAUCGGCGCCGACCGCGACAACUCCCUGUGCGUCUGGUCCUCCGCCUCCGGCACGUGGACCGACGGGGCCAGGGUGGCGCUCGGACAGGGACCCAGGCGCCCCGCAAUGUUCGUGACCUGGGCUGCUGCUGCCGACGGAAAGCAAGAGAAGUCGUCGCCCCCGUACCAGGUCAUGACCGGCGGCCAGAACUACGUCGUCUUCUGGACCCUGCGGCCGAGCCUGUCGUCCCGCCUCGGAAACGUACGCCGCAGCUGUCCCCCGGCCGAUGGCGCCACCGCUACCGCCGCUGAAAGCUCCUCAGAAGCAGAGCGGGCUCCGGCGUCAAACGAAACGGUCUCUGGGGCUACCAAGUCCUCGGUGAUCUCGUCUGCCGAGAAGGCGAUGGUCGAGACCUUCACGUGCGGCGUGGCCAUCGGGUGCGGGGGAGGGAAGGCCGGGUCUACGUCGGCCGGAGGUGCCGGGGAAGAGGCGGCGGGAGCUGUUGUCACGGCCGUGACAGGCACGGCUAGCGGCGCCAUCGCGGUCUGGGAGAACUUCGAGUGCGUGAAGAUGGUGCUGGGGGUGCAUGGCGCGUCGGCCGUGCUCUGCUUGAGCCCCACCUACUCCGGCGGGUUCGUGUCCGGAGGAGCCGAUGGCAACGUUUGCGUCUGGGACAACCAACUCAACGUGAAGGGCUCAAUCAUCACCAUCCGCCAGGAGGGCAGCCCGUCCGAGGCCGUGCGAGCGGUUACCGUCAACAGGAAAGAGAGCAACAUGGCCUGCGGCACAUCAUCGGGUCGGGUGAUUGAGGUCUCGCUCGACUCCGGCGACACGUCCGUCCUCAUCGACGGCCCCGCUCCGGGCCCCCCCCCCGUUGACAACACGGCCGACGGCGCCACGGCCGCUGCUGCCAUGAACCGCGCCGCCGCCGCCGUAGCCGCGAGCCCGAAAGACGCCGACGUCUUCCUGACCGCGGCGCUCGACGGCUACCUGCGGAGGUGGUCCACCGGGGGGCGCCGCCUCACCGCCAAGCUGGCCGUCGGCGCCACGAUGGCGGCCGUUGCGACCGGGCCGGCGACGGUGGCGGCGGCCCCGGGGAUCGGGGCGGUGGAGUGGACCCCGAAGGGGUCGUUCGCGGUGUGCGGGCUGACGACCGGGGACAUCGUGCUCGUGUCCCCUGACGGGGACAUGUCGGUGCUCUCAAGAUGCCCUAGCGACAAGAAGCCGAAGUCCCCGAUCAGCGCCAUCGCUGUAUCCCUGGACGAGGCCACCAUGGCCGUCGGGUGCGAGAAUGGCUCGCUCCACGGCAUGAAGCUAUCGCAGGGCGGCAUGGGCGUCCAGCACGUUUGGUCGAAGCCGCCGCCGGGUGAAGCGGCGUCCGUUCUCGCGAUGGACAUUUCUGCGGAUGGCAAGAUCUUCCGGUACUGUGAUGCGAGGGGAGUUCUCUCCUACGCAACCUCUGCCGGGGAUGCCAUGCCCGUAGCUCCGGUGGGGGACGAGGCAUCCACCUGGGCCAGCAGCAAGUGCUUCGUAGGGCACUGGGGAGUACGCGGCGCGUCCAACACCGGUUCAGGCGUUGAGGCCUCCGCUUCAGGCCGAUCGCACGGCAAGGACAUCCUCGCCGCCUGCUCCGACGCCGCCGCCAUUGGCCUGUGGCGCUACCCGGCAUCCAAGGAGGGGGCGGCGUGCGUCAAGGGAACCGAUGCCCGGGUGACCGCACCGGCGGCUCUUGCUUUCACGGCGGAUGACUCAAAGCUCAUCGCCGUGGGUGGACACGAUCACUCCGUGCUGCAAUGGGGCAUAUCUCGCUCCAAGUAG